AUGCGUAUCGUCAUUUCCCCCGAUGAUGAAGCCGUCGCGGAUUACGUCUCGGAAUACAUCAUUAAGAAGAUAAUUGAUUUUGGUCCCUCCAGCGAGAGGCCGUUUGUUAUUGGUCUUCCGACCGGUAGUUCUCCACUGAAAACAUACCAGCGGCUCGUGAAGGCGUACCGCGAUGGCCGCAUUUCUUUUCGUAACGUGGUAACUUUCAACAUGGAUGAAUACGUCGGUCUCCCCCGUGACCAUCCGCAGAGUUAUUACUAUUUUAUGAAACAUAACUUCUUUGAUCAUGUGGAUAUUCCCGAACAGAACCGCAACCUUUUAAAUGGGACAGCCGCUGAUUUGGUGGCAGAGUGUCGCAUGUAUGAGGAGAAAAUUGCGGCUGUAGGUGGCGUGGAACUUUUUCUCGCGGGUGUAGGCACUGAUGGCCAUUUGGCUUUCAAUGAACCUGGCAGCAGUUUGGAAAGCCUCACACGUGUUAAGUCUCUCAAUCAGGAGACAAUUACUUCCAACGCUCGGUUCUUCGAUAAUGAUAUCCGAAAGGUGCCGACGAUGGCCUUAACUGUUGGUAUUCGUACGGUAAUGAAUGCAAGGAAUGUUGUGGUUGUAGCGACAGGAGCAGGAAAAGCUGUGCCUGUAGCCCAUUGUGUGGAAGGCAGCGUAACGCAUGCACAUCCCAUCACCGCCUUGCAACUUCAUCCCGCAGCUGUGCUUUGCGUAGAUGAAGAUGCCACACUGGAGCUGAAGGUAAAAACGGUACGGUACUUUAAGGGAUUACUGGAAAGGGAGGAAGAAUUUGAGCGUCUUCAAUCUAGUGUUGAAAGUGAAGCACCACCACCAAAGUGA